CGUCAUCAUGAGGCGCCUGCGCGCUUCUGUCACUUCCUGUCUGUCCUAGGAGCGUGGUAAAGAUGGCGGAGCCGAACUCUGUCCCGAGUGAUCUUUAUAAAUGCGUUUAUUCGUUCCUGCUGGAGAACAAGUUCACCAAGGCGGCUCAGCAGUUCCUCAAGCAGACUAAAGUUAUUCCACAAGAUCAAAAUGAAGAAAGUCUGGUCAGCAUCUACAACUUCUGGGUGAAGUCUCCUGAGGCCAGGAAACGGAAAGCAGCUCCAGCAUCAGUUAAUGGACCUUCAGCCAAGAAGACCAGGCCCAGCGCAGAAAGCUCCAGCAGUGAGGACUCGAGUGACUCCGAGAAGAAAACUCCUGCAAAGACUGCUCUUAAGGCUGCGCCUGCUUCUGCAGCGAGUAGCAGCACGAGGAAGAAGGACAGCAGCUCUAGCAGCGAAGAGUCGGACUCUGAAGAUGAGCAACCCGCCAAAGCUCCUGCAGCGAAAGCCAUCACAGCAGCCAAAGCAGCUGCUUCUGCUCAGAAGAAGCAGGAGAGCAGCAGUGAAGACAGCUCCUCUGACUCUGAGGAUGAACCACCAGCAAAGGCUCCUGCUAAAGCUGCAGCUCCAGUAAACAAAGCUGCAGCUCCAGUAAACAAAGCUGCAGCUCCUGCUGAGUCUAGCAGUGAAGACUCUUCAUCUGAAGAUGAAACUCCACCAAGCAAAAAACCCAAACCAGGACCAUACAGCGCCGUCCCUCCUCCAGCCUCCAUCCAGAAGGCUCCUGCUGCAGCUGCUGCUAGCAAAGCCAAGGCCAGUGAGUCCUCAGAAAGCAGCGACGACAGCAGUGAUGAAGAGGAGGAGAAGAAGAAGGUGGCUGUAAAACCUGCUCCUGUGAAGAAAACCGCCACAAAACCUGCAGCGACCAAACCUGCAGCAAAGAAGCAAGAGUCCAGUUCAGAGAGCUCCGAUUCAAGCUCAGAUGAAGAAGAAGCCAAGAAGCCUGCGGCUAAAGCAAUCCCAGCUAAAGGAACCCCGGCUAAAGGAACCCCGGCUAAAGGAACCCCGGCUAAAGGAACCCCGGCUAAAGGAACCCCGGCUAAAGGAACCCCAGCUAAAGGAACCCCGGCUAAAGGAACCCCAGCUAAAGGAACCGCGGCUAAAGGAACCGCGGCUAAAACAGAGGACUCUGAGGAAGACUCAAGUUCAGAUGAGGAGGAAGAGGGGGUAAAGAAACCUGCAGCAAAGACGCCUCCUGCCAAACCUGCUGCUGCUAAAGCUGCUGCGCCCAAAGCUGCUGCGCCCAUCACGCCUGCUAAAAAGGAUUCCUCCUCUUCCUCAGAGGAUUCCAGCUCAGAGGAGGAACAAAAGGCAGUUACAAAACCUGCAGCCAAAACUCCACUUGCAAAAACUGCUGCAGCAAAGAAAGACGAGACCUCGAGCUCAGAAAGCAGCUCUGAAGAUGAGGCUCCAGCAAAGCCGCCCACUAAGGCCGCGACCCCGAAGACCAAGCCUGCUGCCUCAAAACCCCCCACAAAUGCAGCAGAGACAAGCUCAGACUCAGAGGAUUCCUCUGACGAAGAGGACGAACCCCCGAAAUCUAAGCCAGCUGCUAAAGCAGCUGCCGCUGCCCCAAAACCCGCUGCCCCAGCUGCAAAGCCUGCUGCAGCAGCAGACACCAGCUCCGACUCCUCCUCUGAAGAUGACGAGCCGGCGAAGACCAAACCAACAGCCCCUAAGGUGGCAACGCCAGCUUCAAAAGCUUCAACUCCUGCAGCCAAACCUGCUGCAGCAGCAGAGAGCAGCUCAGACUCUGACUCGUCAGACGAAGAAGAGCCAGCCAAGGCAAAGCCAGCGUUCAAACCUGCAACACCUGCAGCCAAGGCAGCUACCCCAGCCUCAAAGCCUGCAGGAAAACCUGCAGCAGAAAGCAGUUCUGACUCUGACUCUUCGUCUGAAGAUGAAGAACCAGCCAAGGCUAAACCAACAGCAACUAAAGCAUCUACCCCAGCCUCAAAACCUGCAGAUAAAACUGCAGCUGGAGCAUCGAAACCUGCAACACCUGCAGGAAAACCUGCAAAACCUGCUGCAGCUGGGAAGGCCACCAAACCUGCUGCAGCUGGGAAGGCCACCAAACCUGCUGCAGCUGGGAAGGCCACCAAACUUGCUGCAGUGAAAAAGGCAGAAGAGAGCAGCUCUGACUCUUCAGAUAGCUCCGACUCAGAAGAAGAGGCCCCUUCUGCUAAACCUGCAGCCACCAACGGCAAAGCAGUGACUCCUAAAGCUGUAGCUACAGUGGCGAAGGCAGCUGGUAAGCCUGCUGAGUCUUCAUCCAGUGACAGCAGCUCUGAGGAGGAAGCAGUCAGCAAAACUAAUCAAGUUAAAGCUCCUGCUGCCGCAGCAAAGAGCAAGAAAAUGGCGGCAGCCAAAGCUGAGGAGAGCAGCAGCUCCUCAGACAGCUCCUCAGAGGACGAAGCUCCGCGGAAAGCAGCCACGGCUCCUCCCACUCCCACAGCCAACAAUACAAAUGGAAAGAGGAAACGUGAAAAAGGGUCAUCAGAAAGUGAAGAGGCAGCUGUAAAGACGCCGAAAAAUAAGAAAGUAACGACCACACCGCAGACUUUCCCCAAAGCCAAUAAGAAGUCCUCCAACGUACCGUUCCGUAGAAUAGUCGAAGAACAUGUAGAAGUCGAUCCCCGACUGGCAGAUAACUCCUUUGAAGCUAAGAAUGGAGCCAACGGAGACUGGGGACAGAGAGCUAACGAGGCUCUCAGGUUUACCAAAGGAAAGUCAUUCCGCCACGAAAAGACGAAAAAGAAGAGGGGGAGCUACCGCGGCGGAGCCAUUUCCACCUCAGUCAACUCCAUCAAGUUUGACAGCGAUUGAUCUCUCCUAAUCCAGCUGUGUGCUCAGGAAUCUGUUGUUUGGUCCCUCAGCCCCUGGAGACGGUCUGACAGCAUCACCUGAGCAACUGAGCCCAGCUGGCACUUAAUGUACUCAUCUACCUUUGGUCUUCUUUGAUCUGAUUCAAGGUGUGAUAUUACUUAUGGCCACUAGGUGGCUGCAGGCCACCAGUUGAUGGUACAGAGCUGAAGCUUAUGUUAACCUGUCCCUCCGUCUCAAACGAUUCGUGUCGUGUAACUUUCAUUCUAUAGGUUUAAUUGUCUAUUAUCUCUCAGUGAAUGACAGCCGUGUGACCCAUCAGGCUCAUUAUGUGGUUAUUUUUUUUGUAAAGGAUCUGAGGUAUUGUUAAAUUUAGAUUUGGAGCAGGGUGUGUUUGGGCUUCUCCCCCACUCUUACAAUCACAGUAAACAUUAAAGUUUUAUACUGUAUUUAUAGUAAAAUUUUAUUCCAUGUGGGAUUAUUAGAGCCACCCAUUUCUGCUCCAUGCCUUUUCUAAUUGAACUUUUGUUUUGAUCCUGUUUGUUUUGAUGUGCGGAUGCUCAUGUUAACCCUCCACAUUAGUUAGUGAUGGUGAGUUAUUAGAAAAAACUGAGAGCCAUCUUUUCAGUGUAAUGAGCUGUUUUUUUUAUUCUAACUUUAAAUAAAAAUCUAACAUUAAAAUAUUUAUGUUAAGGGAU